GUAAAUUAGUGAGAGUUGAUCACAUGACCGGCCGGCCGAACCUGUCUUGUGCUCCGCACCAGUGUCGCAUUGAUUUUCAACUGCAGUUCAUAAUCCUCAUGGCUAAAACACCCACAUGGGAAUUCAUUUGUUUUGUUUCAAUUUAACCGAAUCUAACGGCGUUUUUUCCCCAUCACCUGCUGAGUGAGAUAUUUGUGAGUAAGAUAUUUGUUUUACCUCAUUUUAAACUUUCUUUGGAGAAAACAUCAGUCUUAUUUGAGAGGUAGCCUUUAACCUCGUUGAGGUCCCCAAAUGAAGGUGGAGGGUUUAGCUGAAGGCAGGGCUGGGGGUAACCCCUGCCCUGGUCCUGCCAGCCAGUGCUGUAUCUCGCGACUACUAAGCGUGGUGGAGAGCGAGUUGCAAGCGGGGCGCGAGAAGGGGGACCCCACGGAGAAGCAGCUGAAGGUGACGCUCGAGGAAGCGGAACUGUGGCGGAAGUUUAAGGAAGUCACCAAUGAGAUGAUAGUCACCAAGAGCGGCAGGAGGAUGUUUCCGGUGCUGAAAGUGAGUGUAUCGGGUCUGGACCCCAACGCCAUGUACUCCUUCCUGCUGGACUUCCAGCCAGCUGACAGCCACCGCUGGAAGUACGUUAACGGGGAGUGGGUUACAGCCGGUAAACCGGAGCCUGCCGGUAAUGGUUGUGUGUACAUCCAUCCCGACUCACCCAACUUCGGAGCCCACUGGAUGAAGGCACCUGUCUCCUUCAGCAAGGUCAAACUCACCAACAAGCUCAACGGAGGUGGACAGAUCAUGUUGAACUCUCUCCAUAAGUAUGAACCUCAGCUCCACAUUGUGAGAGUGGGCGGAAGCCACCGAAUGGUCACUAACGUCUCUUUCAGCGACACACAGUUCAUCGCUGUCACUGCCUACCAGAAUGAAGAGAUCACCGCUCUGAAGAUCAAAUACAACCCGUUCGCUAAGGCUUUCCUGGAUGCCAAAGAGAGGAACCACCCGAACAGUCCAUUGGAGUCCCCAUUUGAUAGCCAUAUGGGAAUUCAACACUGUGGGUGGUUUCUGUCUAACCCAGACUCGCUGUGUUCAGGUGGGGGUCCUAGUUUCCCCUAUAGCGGGGGUCUGCCUCUCGCCCCCCCUCAUGGGUACAAGCACUACCCCCCCAGGCCAGCUCCCUACCCCCCCUCCUACCUGCCGCACCGCACGCACCCUUCUGUCUCUCUGUCUGAGGGGCUACAGGUGUUGUCUGGGGGUCCUGAUGGCUGGUCCAGUGUCUCCUCCCCCGGCCCCUCCUCCUCAGCCCUACCCGUGACCACACCCUCCUCACCCCCGUCCACCAAUAGCAGCAGUCAGUACCCUUGUUUGUGGACGGUCGGGCGUACAGACGGGAGUCCUGCCUCUUCUCCCUGCGCCCAGCUUCACGGACCAAUCAACAGUGAGAGCCACCCACAGCCACCCAAUCACGUCCGGCUGGGCGGGCCCGGUUGGCCACCUGUCUCCAGCCAUUCCUUCUAACAAACUAUGUGAUUGGUCAAUGCCCACAUGGGCAUGAUCAGUACUGCCCUGGGACCCGGCCCUGGAAGCCCUUUAAUGAAUACAUCUUAGAUAAUAGGCGUUCCUCUGCCCAGGCGUUGCCAGAUGUUACAUCUUCUGGAAAGGUAUUUUAAGUAUCAGCUAACCACAUCAUAUUUCAUAGCAACCUGAUGCCCGACAGCAGUCGAUGACGUGGCACGGAACCACUGGUUGAUGAAUGCAACGUCUGAGCAGGGGAAGGCGACCAACGUGUGUGCGCAUGUGAUGCCAUACAAAUGUGUUAGUGUGUGUGCACCUCAAAAAACGAAGGCCUAGAUUCAAUCAGAUCAAGCGUUAACCGGCAAUAGCAGACACCUGCACAGCGGAUGUUUUGCCUUUGCCGGAGGUGGAACUGCGUUGGAGCUGUCAAAUCAGUGAGCAGCUGCUCUUGGGAUCAUUGUCACAAAGCCACACUGUCCCACUGGCGUUAGAAGUUCAGAAGGAGAAAGUGGAGGCUCUAUAGAAAUGAUGACGCUCACAUUGAAAAACAUUCAACCAAAUAGUUUCUAUCAUCAUAAUGGAGGUGUAGAUCACAUCUCACAUUCCACUGUUGUGACUUAGAAACAAGGCUGCAUGGGAUUUCUGUUCAUGCCACUCCGUGCAGCCAAUGGCAAUGUCCGCUUUAGGUAUAAUGCCAGGAGGCGCUUGUGGAUUUGACAGCUCCUAACGCAGUCCUACCUCCGGCACCGCCGAAACGACCGCUGUGCGGAUGUUGGACAAAGUGGAUCUGAUUGAAUCAACCCUAAAUGUCUCUGUCUGCUUUCAAAUGACGUAUCAUUUUAUGUUUGUGGUUCAGCCCUGACAGACUAACUCUGGGCCCUGAUAGACUAACUCUGGGCCCUGACAGACUAACUCUGAGCCCUGGGCCCUGACAGACUAACUCUGGGCCCUGACAUACUAACUCUGGGCCCUGACAGACUAACUCUGAGCCCUGGGCCCUGACAGACUAACUCUGGGCCCUGACAUACUAACUCUGGGCCCUGACAUACUAACUCUGGGCCCUGACAGACUAACUCUGGGCCCUGACAUAUUAACUCUGGGCCCUGACAGACUAACUCUGGGCCCUGACAGACUAACUCUGGGCCCUGACAGACUAACUCUGAGCCCUGACAGACUAACUCUGGGCCCUGACAGACUAACUCUGGGCCCUGACAUACUAACUCUGGGCCCUGACAGACUAACUCUGGGCCCUGACAUACUAACUCUGGGCCCUGACAGACUAACUCUGAGCCCUGGGCCCUGACAGACUAACUCUGGGCUCUGGGCCCUGACAGACUAACUCUGAGCCCUGACAGACUAACUCUGGGCCCUGACAUACUAACUCUGGGCCCUGACAUACUAACUCUGGGCCCUGACAUACUAACUCUGGGCCCUGACAUACUAACUCUGGGCCCUGACAUACUAACUCUGGGCCCUGACAUACUAACUCUGGGCCCUGACAUACUAACUCUGGGCCCUGACAUACUAACUCUGGGCCCUGACAUACUAACUCUGGGCCCUGACAUACUAACUCUGGGCCCUGACAGACUAACUCUGGGCCCUGACAGACUAACUCUGGGCCCUGGUAAUAAGAUAUGUCAAACUGCCAAUAUGCAGAAGUCCGAAUAAAUAUCUAUGUGAAAAUACAGUACAGAAAAAUAUGUAUUAUGUCUCUGUCUUCAUUCUGUCAGCUUUAUGAUAAUGUUUCUGUCUGAUAAAUGCUGUUCAUUGUAAAAUGCUGAAAAUAAACAUUGGCCAAUCA